CCCGCCAGUUUUCUCCCCCAAUUUAGGCUUCCGCCCUCUCUCUCUCUCCAUCUCCGCCGUCUUCUCUCUCCCCACCGUGAAAACGAAAUCCGCCGCAUUCGCAAGCAUUUCCGAUGGCCGAGACUCAGCAAAUUAAGAAAUUCAAGUCUCCAUCUAAAGGAACCCCAAGAGCAAAGCUUCCAAUUUCUAUUGACCACCACAUUGCGCCGCAAACCCCACAAUCCGCCACACCGAGUGCAAUCAACCUCCGCCGCUCCCACCGCCUCACCGCCGCGACGCCGGAGCAUCGCCCCGCGCUAUCCAGCUUCAAUACUCCUGCGAAAACUAGGAAAAUCUGUGAGAAUCCGCCCUCGAUUUUACCGACCGAGAUCUCAAUCAACCCUGCGUCUCCGCCGCCGGUUGAAUCUCGGAGAAAGAGGAAGUUUCAGGAGAAAUCGGCGGAGAAGGGGAAGGAUUCGAGGAAUGUGAGAUGUAAACGUGCUGCUGAUAGAAAAGUGAGAAGAAGAAGGGUGUAUUACAAGAAAGUGGUGUAUGACGGCGGCGAGUUUUCGGCAGGGGACGACGUGUACGUGAAGAGGAGGUCGGAUGCUAGCUCGGACGAUGAAGAUCCGGAGGUGGAGGAGUGCAGAGUGUGCUUUAAGCCGGCGAGGGGGAAGCGGGUUUUGAUCGAGUGUGAUGAUUGCUUGAAUGGGUUUCAUUUGAAGUGCCUGAAACCCCCACUCAAGGCAGUUCCUGAUGGGGAUUGGGUUUGUUGUUAUUGCGUGGCGAGGAAAAAUGGAGAAGUGAUGGAAUUUCCUGAGCCACAGGCGGGGAAGAAGAGGGCCAGGACUGCCAGGGAGAAGUUGCUUUCAAGUGAUUUAUGGGCUGCUCGUAUAGAGAGUUUAUGGAAGGAAGUUGAUGGUACUUAUUGGUUUCGAGCUCGGUGGUACACUAUUCCGGAGGAGACUGCUGUGGGGAGACAGCCUCAUAAUUUGAGGAGGGAGCUCUAUAGGACCAAUGAUUUUGCUGAUGUUGAGAUGGAGUCAAUCAUUAGGCACUGCUUCGUAAUGAGCCCAAGGGAGUAUGCUAAUGCUGCCGAUGGAGGAGAUGAUGUGUUUCUCUGUGAAUAUGAAUAUGAAGUGCAGUGGCAUAGCUUCAAGCGCAUUGCAGAGAUUGACAAUGAUGAAAAUGAUGGUGAAAGAGUUGAUAAUGAUGCUGAUUGGAAUUCUUGUGAUGAGUUUGACUCUGGCUCUGACUUUGACUCAGAAGAAGAAGCGGACUACGAGGACGAAAAGAGAAACAGACUGUCUCAAUCAUCUUCACUCCGCCCAGUAGCAGCAAACUCGCGCAAGGGACAAAUUUUUGGGCUGCAAAAGAUUGGGGCAAAGAAAAUACCAGAACAUUUAAGAAGUCGUAAGCAGACUGAUUUGGAAAAGGCUAAGUCUACGCUUCUGCUUGCAACACUGCCCAAGUCUCUACCUUGUCGCGAUAAGGAAAUGAAUGAGAUAACCACAUUUAUCAAAGGUGCUAUAUGCGAUGAGCAAUGCCUGGGAAGAUGCUUGUAUGUGCAUGGUGUCCCUGGAACCGGAAAGACAAUGAGUGUGCUUGCUGUGAUGAGGAAUCUGAAGUCUGAGGUUGAUGCGGGAAGCAUUAGGCCUUACUGCUUUGUAGAGAUUAAUGGUCUUAAACUGGCUUCACCAGAAAAUAUAUACAGUGUAAUCUAUGAGGGACUAACCGGGCAUAGAGUUGGUUGGAAAAAGGCACUCAAUUUGCUGAAUGCUCGAUUUUCUGAUGAAAAUAAGUGCAGGAAGGAUACGAGGCCUUGCAUUCUUCUCAUCGACGAACUUGAUCUUCUAGUAACCCGGAAUCAAGCUGUUCUAUACAAUAUUCUUGAUUGGCCUACCAGGCCAAAUUCAAAACUGAUCGUGAUAGGGAUAGCAAACACUAUGGAUCUUCCAGAGAAGUUGCUGCCUCGCAUUUCUAGUCGUAUGGGAAUACAGAGGCUUUGCUUUGGUCCAUAUAACUUUCAGCAACUUCAAGAAAUAAUUUCCAGUCGCUUAAAGGGAAUUGAUGCUUUUGAAAAAGUUGCAAUUGAAUUUGCGUCAAGGAAGGUGGCUGCUGUAUCUGGAGAUGCUCGUCGUGCACUAGAGAUAUGUAGGCGAGCUGCAGAGGUAGCAGAUUAUCGCGCUAAAAAAACUGCACUUUCUAGCUCAGACGCCUCAGGGAAAGUUAUGGCUGGUAUGGCGGAUGUUGAAGCAGCUAUUAAGGAAAUGUUCCAGGCUCCUCAUAUUCAGGUGAUAAGAAGUUGUUCUAAACUAAGCAAAAUCUUCUUGGCUGCUAUGGUAUAUGAACUUUAUAAGACAGGAAUGGGAGAAACGACCUUUGAAAAGUUAGCAAUGGCGGUCUCUAGCUUCUGUGCUAACAAUGGAGAAACCUUUCCAGGAUAUGAUACACUCUUGAAAGUCGGAUGUAAACUCGGGGAGUGCAGACUGUUAUUAUGCGAGCCUGGCUCACGGCACAAACUGCAGAAAUUGCAACUGAACUAUCCCAAUGAUGAUGUUACAUUUGCACUGAAAGACAGCAAGGACCUACCUUGGUUGGCAAAGUAUAUCUGAAUAUUGGAGAUCCAAAUCUGUGAUCAUCCAUUCUUGAUUUAUAUUUAUAUGUUUACACAUUUCUUAAAUCUAUGAUGUUGUAUGCUCCAAAUGGAGUUCCAAACUUUGUUUGCUUCGUUUUCUCCCAAAACAUUUAUUUAAACUAGUCUUUAUACAUUUGUAAACUGAGAAUUAUUUAUUGAAUCAUCAGUUGUAUGUUA